UUCCCUUGCAGGUUGCUUCGCUGCUCCCUGUCACUUCCAAGGGAUUUUGCUGGCUGCAGGUGAAGGGCAGAGGAUCCCUCUGAGCCUCUUUUAUCCAGCUGGAAUUCUACCAGCCCAAAAUGCCAAGGAGAGGAGUCAGGAAAGCCAGUGAACGUGAAAAAAGUCAACAUUGUUUGGAGCAGCAGCGCUGGGUCAGAAUGACAUGAAAAGGGUUUCUCAGCAGCAAAUGUUACUCUGGGGACUGGAAUAAAAUUAACUCCUGCCCAGUCCUCCCCUCCUCCUGGAUGCCAUCCAGCAUGCCAGCAGCACACAGAGGCUUCUGCGAAAUCUCACUCCCAGCCCUGCGACUUUCCAGCAGAGCCAAAGGAAUGGGGAUCCUUGUGCUUGUUUUCAUAUUCAUCUCCCUGGCCCAGCACGGAGAUGCUCACGGACCAGACAGCUGUAACCACGGAGGCGGCCUGUGCCGAGUGGGAACCUGUGUUUCUGGUGAAUACUUGGCUCAGUACUGCUUUGAACCCAUCAUUCUCUGCUGCAAAAAUCUGUCCUCCACCAGCACAGAGAGCUGAAGGUUCCCAAAGGAGCACGUGGAGAGCUGCAGGCUCCUCUGGCAUGGCACGAGCAGCUGUUGGGAAGGAGAUUUUGUGGGUCCUGUGACUGCUGCUCCCCUGGGAGGAUAUGGCUGUGGAUUCACUCAUGGACUCCUGAACACUUUGGUUUUGCUUUUUAGGAAACACUGUGACAAGAAGAAACUGAGGCCACUCAAACUGUUUGUCACCCUUUUGGGACUCUGAUUGUUAUCUGACAUGCACAGGUGAAAAAUUUGCCUUCCUCCUUACCUGAAACCAAUAAACCAGAGGUUUAACAAAGCAGCAAGUGCCCCCCUGUGAGCCAGCAACGCUGCCAGUGCUGGGAUGCCACUGACCAGGAGUGGCCACGGCAUUCCUCACCUCCCCAGAACACCAGGGGGACUCUGUCCCUUUAUUUCCCUCCCCAGAGAAAACAGCUGCAACGGGCAAAGCCUUUUUGGCAUCGCUUCUGGUGCAAAAGGCACCUGGUUCGACAUAAAGCAGCCAGAGGCCUUUCAGACAGCCAGCAGUGCAGAAGCAACCGUGGCCGCUGCCGGAGGCUCUGCUUCCACAUGGAGCGCUGGGAAGGGAGCUGCAGCAACGGCCGCCAGCGCUGCUGCCGGUGACAGCGGCCACACCAG